AUGGCGAGCCGAGGCGGCGCCGGCGCCUGUGCCGGCGGCUGGGACAGCCUCGACGACGACGACUGGGGCCUAACCGAGGAGCAGUUCGACAAGCUCGAGCAGGACGCCUACCGCGUGCUCGCAGAGCGCAAGGCCUCCUCCUCCGCCGCCUCCACCGCCCCUAUUGCCUCCCCGCUCCCCCACCGCGCCCCAGUCUCGCCGGCGGCCACGGCCUCUUCGCCCGUCAGGAACGACCACCCCGCCUCCCGGAUCUCCCUCGAGUCUCGAUUUGGCAAGGUAGAACCACUUUCACCUUCCCGCCUUAGUCAAUCAACCGCAGUGAAUAAUAGUCAGGGAAGUUCGUCUAAGAUAUCUGUGCAUCUUUUCCUACAUUCCAGUGGUAUGAUUGCAGCGAAGUUCCCUUAUAACCAGAAACUUGUGGAUGCAUUUCGCAAGAUCCCAAGAGCUAGCUGGAGUGGGAAAGAAAGGGUAUGGAUGUUCCCUCCCACAUCUUUGUCAACAGCAGAGGAAGUUCUUCGUGAAGUACCUGGAUUAGCUGUUGAGGUUCAAAGACUGGAUCCACUAGUUCAACGGGCUUUUGCUGCCGCUUUAGCUGCCAAAGAUCUUCGAGGUUUGUAUGAUAGGAUUCCAACUGAUGUUGAGUCGAAGCUUAUGCCAUUUCAACGUGAAGGAGUUAGGUUUGCUUUACAGCAUGGGGGCAGAGUGCUGAUAGCAGAUGAAAUGGGUCUUGGGAAGACAUUACAGGCAAUCGCUGUUGCUUCUUGCCUUCAUGAAGCCGGGCCAGUUCUUGUAAUCUCCCCAUCUUCCUUGCGAUUGCAUUGGGCUACCAUGAUUCAGCAUUGGCUUAACAUCCCUACAGAAGAUAUCUUGGUGGUAUUACCACAAACUGGAGGAUCAAACAAGGCAGGAUUCAGAUUGGUGUACUCAAACACCAAAGGCGAUUUUUGCUUGGAUGGGGCGUUCAACGUGAUAUCUUAUGAUGUAGUUCCCAAGAUACAAAGCACACUCCUGGACUUGGAUUUCAAGAUAGUUAUAGCCGACGAAUCACAUUUCAUGAAGAAUUCACAAGCAAAGAGAACUAUUGCUUCACUUCCUGUUCUGCAGAAAGCUGAAUAUGUUAUUUUACUAAGUGGGACUCCUGCUUUAUCUCGCCCUAUUGAGUUGUAUACUCAGCUCCAGGCAUUGUAUCCUAAUGUGUACAAGAAUGUUAAUGAAUAUGGCAGUAGAUAUUGCCAAGGUGGUUUCUUUGGGGUGUAUCAAGGUGCUAGCAAUCACGAGGAGCUACAUAACUUGAUGAAAGCCACUGUCAUGAUCCGCAGGUUGAAGAAAGACGUUCUUUCAGAGUUGCCUGUUAAACGUAGACAACAGGUCUUUAUGGAUUUGAGUGAGAAAGAGAUAAAACCGAUCCGUGCCCUUUUCCGUGAGUUGGAGACUGUGAAGAUCAAUAUGAAGUCUUGUGAUUCCCAGGAGACGAUGGAGUCUCUCAAAUUUUCUCAAAAAAAUAUUAUCAACAAGAUCUACAAUGACUCAGCUGCGGCCAAAAUUCCAGCAGUGCUAGAUUACCUGGGCACUAUAAUUGAGGCAGAUUGCAAAUUCUUAAUAUUUGCACAUCAUCAACCCAUGAUUGAUGCUAUUCACCAACACCUCUUGAAAAAGAAAGUCAAUUGUAUAAGAAUCGAUGGUCAAACACCUGUAGCUGCAAGGCAAACUUUAGUUACGGAUUUCCAGAACAAGGAUGACAUCAAGGCAGCAGUGUUAUCCAUCAAAGCUGGAGGCGUCGGGUUAACUUUGACAGCAGCAAGCACAGUAAUCUUUGCGGAGUUAUCAUGGACUCCAGGUGACAUUAUUCAAGCAGAAGAUCGUGCCCACCGGAUUGGUCAGGUUUCCUCGGUGAACAUAUAUUACCUUCUCGCAAAUGAAACGGUAGAUGAUAUUAUAUGGGACGUUGUUCAAGGCAAACUUGAGAAUUUGGGGCAGAUGCUGGAUGGGGAGGAGAAAACUCUGGCAGUUUCCCAGAGUGAGACCAGACCAAGCCCCUCGAAGCAGAAGACACUCGACUCCUACCUCAAGCGAUGCAGCACUUCCAUAGAAACCCAGCCCAGCCCGAAGAGUCGCAGAUUUUGAUGAUGUGUCGCUGUCUGUGUGUGUUCGACGGCGUGAUUCUAUUUGUUUCUUUGCUGGAGUGGUCCUGCUGUGUACUGCUGCUGUAAACGAAUGUGAUAGGGUCAGCGUGUAUGGUAGCACUGGCCAGAAUUGGGCCGCAGUGUAUUUUGUUGCAGAGUACUGUCAUGUUAUAACUUGUAAUAUUCGUGAAUAUGGGAACGUUAGACUUCUUCUGUGGGUAGUAGUAGAUGGCAAUGAGAAUGUUUGUAUCUAUGUAACUGGAGAUCAAGUAUGUGUGGCGGCAUAUUUGUCUCACUGCCGAGUUUGCCUUGCUAAA